UCUUACUAAAAAUCAAAACAUACAUAGAACAUAAUGUUUCAAGUAGAACCUGCAUCACCCGUCCCCUUUUGUGCACGCACGUACACACGCACGACGUACACACGCACAAAUAUGGCGGCUUCUAUUUCACCUCUACGCUCCUCCUUCAGGAUCUGCUCACCGUUAACUGCACACUUUCACUGCUGCCGUGCCAAACUGCGGAUGCACAGAAAGUACGAGAGUCAACGGAGGCAUCUGUACCACUCUGUGAGAAGGCACAGUGCUGUGGUGAUCUCAGGAACAGAGUUGGCCCGUCAGAUUCACAGAGAAAUCCAGCGAGAUGUGGAAGAGCUCGUCGCUCAUGGCGACAUGAGACCCCACCUUGGCGUAAUCUUAGUCGGAGAUGACCCAGCCAGUCAUACCUAUGUUAAGAACAAGACCCGGGCAGCCACCAUCCUGGGUAUUUCCAGUGACACAGUGGUUCGGCCCAGCUCAGUUUCCCAGGAGGAGUUGCUGGGGCUGAUCGAUAAGAUGAACCGUGACUGGAGGGUGAGCGGUCUCCUGGUGCAGCUGCCACUUCCAGAGCACAUCAACGAGCGAGCAGUGUGUAAUGCAAUUGCUCCAGAGAAGGAUGUUGAUGGUUUCCAUAUUGUGAAUAUUGGAAAGUUGUGCCUGGACCAGAGAUCGAUGGUACCUGCAACGCCAGCAGCUGUCUGGGAGAUCAUCAAAAGAGCAGGAAUUGAGACAGUGGGAAAGAAUGUCUUGGUUGCUGGUCGCUCCAAAAAUGUUGGAAUGCCCAUUGCUAUGUUGCUGCAUACUGAUCGCAACCAUGAACGCCCUGGAGGUGAUGCCACAGUGACGAUCGCUCACAGAUGUACACCAAGGGAUCAGCUGAAAAAACUUACUGUGCUGGCUGACAUCAUCAUUGCAGCGGCAGGUGUCCCAGGUCUGAUCACAGCAGACAUGGUGAAAAAGGGUGCGGCAGUUAUUGACGUCGGCAUAAAUCGCAUCCUGGACCAGAACACAGGGAAAGUCCGGCUCAUCGGGGAUGUGGAUUUUGAAGGAGUGAAGGAGAAAGCAGGUUUCAUAACACCUGUUCCUGGAGGUGUGGGUCCAAUGACUGUUGCCAUGCUCAUGAAAAACACUGUGACUGCUGCCAGAAAUGCACUGAUGCAUUAAAAAUAGCAUACACCCUUCAUUUUAGUUUGCAUUGCAGAGAGGUAACAGCAUAUGGACAUGCAAUAACCUGCAUACAUUUCAGUACGCACUCAAAAACAAACCCUUCUGCUGAACAAUUACACACUUUUAUUUCAACAGUUUUGACCUCAAGAUUUCGUACUUGCCUGGAAACCUACUUGAUAUGUACCAUGUUUACGUCCAUAUUUAUUGUUUAUUUUAUUGCUGUAAUUCAGAUUUUGCUUUUGUACAUGUUAGAUUAAUAUUUUUUCUACUGCAGUAUUUUGAUUUAUUGAAUAUGCUUGAAAUUAACAAGAAAGAAGUCAUAAUAAAAGUGGGUUUCAGUCA